CUGUUCAUUAAAAGAGUGAAAAUCUAAUGCGGGAUCGGGUCUGUCUGAUUCAGACCGGAUUUAGUAGUAAAAUUAAGUGCACUUUUGUCCACCCACAAGAACUCUCUUACAAAAAAUGCUAACUACAACUGCAAAUAUAUCCACUUUCAUCUUAAAAGCCUAAACCCAAACUAAAACAAUGCAAGGGCUUUUCAAAUACCUCAUUUGCCGCCAUUAUCAAAUGCUGCAAAGAAGAAAAAUACCAUGAAAUUCUAAUAAUAAUAAUAGACAUGAAAAACUCUAAAGAUUGCAUUCGUAUAUGGGCAAACCAUUACACAAAGCUUCUUCAACUAUGUUGCCCUCAACGCCCCCGCUCUUUUCCCUUUGCUCGUUCAGUCCAUGCCCACAUGAUCGCUUCUGGGUUCAAGCCACAUGGCCAUACUCUCAACCGUUUAAUCGAUAUUUAUUGCAAAUCAUCGAAACUCACUUACGCAUGCCACCUGUUCGACGAAAUUCCUAACCCAGAUAUAGUUGCUCGAACCACAUUGAUUACUGCUUAUUCUGCAAGUGAGGAUAUAAAACUUGCGAGAAAUAUAUUCUUUGCAACUCCUUUGAUCAUGAGAGACACUGUUUUUCACAAUGCUAUGAUCACUGCUUACUCCCAUAACCAUGAUGGUCAUGCUGCUGUUGAAUUGUUCUGUGAUAUGAGAAGAAAUGGUUUUAAGCCUGAUAAUUUUACUUUUACUAGUGUUCUUGGUGCUUUGUCACUUGUUGCUGAACAUGAAAGGCAUUGCCAGCAGCUGCAUUGUGCUGUGGUGAAGUCGGGAGUCGGGUUUGUUACUUCUGUGUUGAAUGCAUUACUGUCUGUUUAUGUUAAGUGUGCAUCUUCGCCAUCGGUGGUAUCUUCGUCCUUGAUGGGUGCGGCUAAGAGAUUGUUUGAUGAGAUUUCUGAGAAAGAUGAGUUGUCGUGGACGACUAUUAUUACGGGGUAUAUUAAGAAUGAUGAUCUUGAUGGAGCGAGAGAAGUUUUUGAUGGGAUGAGUGAGAAAUUAGUAGUCGCCUGGAAUGCAAUGAUUUCGGGUUAUAUGCAUCGUGGACUUUAUCAAGAAGCACUGGAGAUGUUUCGGAAAAUGUAUUUAUCAGGGCUAAAGUUGGAUGAGUAUACAUAUACUAGUAUUAUAACUGCUUGUUCUUAUGCUGGUUUCUUCCAGCAUGGUAAGCAGGUGCAUGCUCACGUUGUAAAAACAGAGACUAAUCCUUCACCAGAUUUUGUUUUGCCUGUAAAUAAUGCAUUGAUUACGUUAUACUGGAAAUGUGGUAAAGUUGGCGCGGCUCAGAAUGUAUUCAACAAAAUGACAGUGAGGGACCUUGUGUCAUGGAAUGCAAUUUUAUCUGGGUAUGUUAAUGCUGGAUGCAUGGAUGAAGCUAAAACCUUUAUCAAAGAGAUGCCUGAGAAGAACAUUUUGACAUGGGUUGUAAUGAUAUCAGGAUUAGCGCAAAAUGGGUUUGGAGAAGAGAGUUUGAAGCUGUUCAACAAGAUGAAGUUAAUAGGUAUUGAACCAUGUGAUUAUGCAUUUGCAGGAGCUAUUACUGCCUGUUCUGUGCUUGGAUCGCUGAAACAAGGAUGCCAAUUGCAUGCUCAACUUGUCCAGUUUGGGUUUGAUUCAAGUCUUUCAGCAGCAAAUGCUCUAAUAACAAUGUAUGCAAGAUGUGGGGUAGUUGAAGAUGCAAACUCUUUAUUCCUUACUAUGCCUUGUGUUGAUUCGGUAUCAUGGAAUGCAAUGAUUGCAGCUCUGGGGCAGCAUGGACAUGGGGUUCAAGCAAUACAACUUUUCGAAGAGAUGUUAGCAGAAGGAAUAAUGCCUGAUCGGAUAACCUUUCUCACAGUUCUCUCUGCUUGUGGCCAUGCUGGUUUAGUUAAAGAAGGACGUCAUUAUUUCAAUAUAAUGUAUGAUGUUUACAAAAUAGUUCCUGGUGAAGAUCAUUUCGCCCGUGUCAUUGACUUGUUAUGUAGAGCCGGGAAAUUCGUCGAAGCAAAGAGUAUAAUUGAAUCAAUGCCUUCUGAACCUGGUGCUCCAAUUUGGGAAGCUCUUCUUGCCGGCUGUAGAAUACAUAAGAACAUGGAUCUGGGUGUUACAGCUGCAGAGCGACUCUUUGAGCUAAAGCCCCAACAUGAUGGAACCUAUGUACAAUUGUCAAACAUAUAUGCUGAAGCAGGGAGAUUGGCAGACGUGGCCAAAGUGCGGAAGUUAAUGAAGGACCGAGGGGUGAAGAAGGAACCCGGUUGUAGUUGGAUUGAAAUUGAGAGUAUGGUCCACGUAUUCUUGGUUGAUGAUGCUGUUCACCCUGAGGUGCUGGCAGUUUAUAAUUAUCUUGAUCAUCUGUGCCUGGAAAUGAGAAAAUUGGGGUAUGUUCCAGAUAAAAAGUUUGCGGUGCGUGAUUUGGAGUAUGACCAGAAAGAUAAUUCCUUGUCUACUCACAGUGAGAAGCUUGCAGUUGCUUUUGGACUUUUGAAACUUCCUCUUGGAGCCACUGUCAGGGUUUUCAAGAACCUUAGGAUCUGUGGUGAUUGCCACAAUGCAAUAAAAUAUAUGUCAAAAGUUGUUAAAAGGACAAUUGUUGUGAGAGAUGGAAAGAGGUUUCAUCAUUUCAGGGAUGGUGAAUGUUCUUGUGGAGAUUACUGGUAGGCAAUUUCUAGGAUUCAAGUUAGAAUUUUUUUUGGUUUUUGGUGGCUUUUCAAAGUGAAGCCUUGCUAGUUACCGCAUGAAUACAAUUUCUGAUGUACACAAUUUUUAGAAGAUUAUACAACAAUUACACACGACCGAAGGUUGGUUUUUCAUAUAAACAUUUUUGAAAGACAAAGCAAGUGAAAUUUCGAAGUAGAAUGUAAACACUGAAAAGACUUUUCAAUCUGGAACCAAUACUGGUUUUCUGUCCCCCUUAUUUUUUAUGUUUCGAUGCAGAGCUCUACAAGUUAUGACGACUCAAUGGUCAUACAGUGUGUCCCAUACAACACGAAUGCUGCUGGAGUUGAGGCUUGAUGUUCCAUUUCGAGUACCUCCAAAGGUAUUGAACAAAAUAGUUUUUGCCUUGUACCUUUCAAAUAUUCUUUCUCAGGAAAUCAAGCUCGGAUUUCUUAGAUCUUCUAUUAUUAUCCAAGAAAUCGAAGUAGCAAUCCAUUUCAAUGUUGCAUUUCAGUUCAAAGAAUGGGAAGUCAAAGAAAAGUGUGGCUUGUUCUGCUACUAUUACUUAGAAACAAUCAAUGGAAUUUUUUUACUCAUGAUUGGAGGCAGUCGAAGAAGAGAUUUAUUCGCCUGGUUAACAUAAGUACUCCACUAGUACUAAAUACUUAUCUUCUGGAUGCAGUAUCAUUGAGCAUUGAAAGUAUUUGGGGGGUUACUCAUACUGCAUUGCUUGCAGAGGUUUGUAGGAAAAUUUCCUGAGACUCGGAUGUUUUGAAUUAUUUAUUGAAUGCGAUGCUAUUAGUUAA